AGAUUCGCAAGAUGAAGCUCAUGGUACCGGCGUCGCGCCGCCUGGCGCGGUCCCUCUCGACGACGACGGCCAAGCACCCGAGCUGGUUCCUGCGCAUGGUCGACAACAACGACUACGACCUCCCGCGCCUGCCCGUGCCCCAGCUUAACGAGACGCUGGAGCGCUACCUGCGCUCGGUCCAGCCGCUCGUCUCGGCGGCCGAGUACAAGGAGCACAAGAAGCUCGUCGAAGACUUUGGCCUUGGCGCCAACCGGUCGGUCGGUCGCCAGCUCCAGGACGAGCUGCUCAAGCAAGAGUUUGUCAACGUCAUGGGCCGCGCGUACCCGUACUCGUACAUUGAGGCGUGGUGGGACAAGAUGUACCUCGGUGGCCGGUACCCGAACCCAAUCAACGUCAACCCUGGCUAUGGCCUCGUCGACGAAGCGCCGGGGUCGGUCCUCGCGGAUCCGCUCGUGCGCACGUCCAAGUUUGUCACGUCGCUGCUCAAGUGGUUCCAGAAGGUCAAGGCGGGCGAGCUCGAGCAGGACCCGAAGCAGUGCAUGUCGUCGCUCGCCAAGCAGCUCGGCACGGCCAAGAUCCCGCAGACGGGCUGCGACGAACUGGCGUUCCACCCGACGUCGACGCACAUUGUCGUCCUCAAGGACAAUGCGUUCUACAAGGUGCAGGUGCUCGACCCACGCGGGAAGGACGUCAUCUCGCCGGCGUCACUCGAAGCGCAGCUCGCCCGCAUCAUGCAGACCAAGGUCUCGGGCGCGCCCAACAUUGCCGCCUUAACCGCCGACGACCGUGACGCGUGGGCGUCGGUGCGGGCGACGCUCAUGGCCGACGACGCGACCAACAAGGCGUCGAUCGAGGCCAUCGACUCUGCGCUGCUCGUGCUCGUCCUCGACGAAAAGAGCUACAGUGGAUCGGAGCUCACGGCCAUGACGCUGCACGGCAACGGGUCCAACCGCUGGUUUGACAAGCACCAAGUGCUCAUGUACGGCGACGGCCAUCUCGCCGUCAACUUUGAGCAUACGUUUUCGGACGGCACGGCCUGGAACCGCUGGCUCCACGAGACGUGGCACGACAUGCGGCAGUCGGACUCUGGGUUCUCGGCCCUCACGGCGACGACGACGUUUGAGGCGCCGGCCGCCGAGCCCUUGGCGUGGUCGCUCUCGCCGACGGUCCACCAAGCGAUCGCCAAGGCCGAGGAGGUGUCGGCAACGGCCAUUGGUAACACGGACUCGCACUUGCUCGCGUUUGACGGGUUUGGCAAGAACACGAUCAAGAACUGGGGCAUGAGUCCGGACGGCGCGGUGCAAAUGGCGUACCAGUUGGCGUACUUUCGCCAGCAUGGCCACGUGGCGCCGACGUACGAAAGCUGCUCGACGCGCGCGUUCUUCCACGGCCGCACCGAGACGAUUCGGUCGGCGACGAGCGAAGCCCAGCGUUUCGUGUCGGCCGUCACCUCGGACGCGUCCAUGGCGUCGCAAAAGGAGUUUUUGAAAAAGGCCGUCGACCGCCACGUGAGCUUGGCCAAGGAGGCGCAGCAAGGCAUGGGUUGUGACCGCCACCUCACGAUGCUCAACGACACGGCGACCCAGGCAGGCAUUAAGCACGACUUUUUGAGCUCGCCGAUCCGUGCCAAGAGCUCUCACUACCAGCUCUCGACGAGCAACGUGACGAUGCCAUUCUUGUCGUACUUUACCUUUGGCGCCGUCGUGCCGUCCGGGUACGGCCUCGGGUACCUCAUCCAGAACGAGACGAUUCCCAUCAACAUUACGAGCUUCAAGGACAGCAACGAAAGCGACAGCACGAAAUUUGCCAAGUCGAUUUCGGACGCACUCGCGACGGUCCGGUCGAUCGCCGAGUCGUCCUAAACCACACGUGUUUCGAUCUGUCGGAACGGACUCAUCAAUGCUAUCUCGACUUUUGACGGUUUGAUUUGAAUCGUGUCUUUGAAAAAGAAACAUCAGCGGCAGACGGG